GGCGUGAUUUCUCGCAAGUUUCGUGCAAAGAUCAGUACUCUGGAUUCCCUUCUUAUUUCUUUAAAAGGUCUGUCUUGAAAAGCCGAGACGCCAGGGAAAAUAUGAACACGGACAUCUCCAAGCUGUUCAGUUCAGAGAGGCUGACAGGGGGGAGUCUGGCUGGCAUUCUGCUGCUCCUCUACAUGCCCCUGGGCUUGAUCCUGACAGUACUACGCAUCUUUCUUGGUUUCCAUGUCUUCAUCAUAUCCUGCCUGCUUCCAAGAUCCUGGCUGAUUAGAAGAGUUGUUCUGCGAGUGAUGUGUCUAUUUCUCGGCCUGGCCAUCUCACACGAAGGUCUGGAGAAGAGGGACAGGGCAGCCAAAGUCAUUGUGGCCAAUCACGUCUCAGUCUUUGAUCAUGUGACCAUUGGACUGGUUAUUCCAUCUGUCGUUCCCAAUGUCUGGAGCCUACCGGCCUUCAUGACCUGGGCCUUGGGAUACACCGAGAUGGGAGCCAGGGAAGGUCGACGGACCCUCCUGCAGACCCUCAAGACUUAUUUCGCCAGCAACACUCUACCCAUCACCUCACUGCCCGAGGGGGCCAUGACAAAUGGCAAAGUUGGGCUGCUUAAAUUUAGCACUUGGCCAUUUGAUCUGGGCGAGGCGGUCCAGCCGGUUAUUCUCAGGGUCAGGCGACCACUUCUCGGUGUCAACGUGGAGUCCAUCGGCAGUAGCCUCUGGAAGGACAUCUUCUGGUUCUUGUUUGUCCCCUUCACGCACUUCCAUGUCAGACUACUACCCUCCCAAAGACGGGCGGAAUCGGAGACCGUUGAAGACUACUCCAGACGGGUGCAGGGCAUAAUGGCCGACGAACUGGGCACAAAGGUCACCCCAUUCACAAGUGCAGACAAGGCAGAGUACAUCAAGCGGUCUUACGUUUACCAACCAGAAGCCUCGACCCCUCAACCCACCCCCCAGCAGAGGACCCCUUCCCCACCGUCCACCACCCCUCGGUCCCAGGCAGUUCCCCCCACCCCUACAGAACCCACUACCCCGGGGGAUGCGGCAGUUGCAACACGCAGCGAUGAGGAUGACAAGCAGCUCAGGAGAAUGGUGCAGCAAGUGAACGAGGUCCUGCCUCACGUCUCAGAAGCAGCCAUUAGGAGAGACUUGGAAAAAACAAAUUGUGUUGACACCACCAUUACAAACGUCCUCGAAGGAAAGAUCCCCUCGGAGCCGCCUGAAACCCCAGAAAGGAUAGAGCAGGAGGAGGUGGGAGGAGCUUCCGCCCCCUCACCGUCAGCCCCGUCACCAAGUUCCCUGAAAUUUGCUGCACCCUCUUUUGGUAGAUCCUCCGAAGCCCGUCAGAUGUCUUACCAAGAAAGAAAGGAGGCUCUUUUUCAAAAAGCCCGAAGGCACUACGUGGAGAAGCACGGCAUUACUUUGGACUGACAAGGCCGUUGGCUGAAGUGACUAUCUGCUGAAAGUUUUUAAAAACAUUUCUUUGUCUGCAAUUUUCAAGGACAAUUACUCGUGUCGGUUCUCAACGUCAUCAAUCAUGGAUUGAAAAUGUAGCAAAACCCCCCUAACUGAAGCUGCCGUAAUCUGCAGCAAAUACUUGUCUAUUCUGCUUACAUUUUCAUUUGUUGCCAUAGCACAUUUUUGUGUGUGAGAAAACUGGGUUUUUGUGGCAAAAUGAGAUGACCAAAGAUUUGGGCAAAGUACGGAUGUAAAUUGAGUAACCUCAUUCCCCAUAGGCAUUUAUUCUAACAUUAACAUAUCUAUUUUAAAUUAGUCCUACAAUGUUCAAAGGAAUAUGCAGCAUGGGAUAGGCAUAGUUUGACUUAGGUAGGUCCAAAAAAAAAUCUGGAAUGUAGCAGAAUCCGGCAACCAGAAUUAGCUGUUACUGCGGUGGUGCCAUGCUCACGCGCAUGCUGCACGCUUUCUUAAAGACAAGGCGCGAGCAUUUUGGUAACCCUAUUGGUCAAAGGAGCCCGGAGUGCGUGCGUAUUACCCGAGCGCAACUCCCGUGAGCCUGAUGCCACCGCAGAAAAUGGCUGCCGCCGGAUUUGUCGGUAAGGUGAAUGGGAGGAAAGGGCUCAGAUAUUAAUACAGACAUGAAGAGACAGAAAGGUACACUCGCAUUUAUUUUGUGAUGUUUACUGUGAAAAUAAUUCAUUUUAUUAAACAAAUUUGGAGCUAACCUUAAAUAGAAUACACGUAAAUGUCCCACAGGUAUUGAAAUACAUGUAAUAAGUCAUUCCAAUAGUUUUUGCGGUGCAAAAGUUUUGGAAAGAAAAAUUGAAAAGGGUAAUAUUUUUUAGUGAUGUAAUAUUACAAUGUGUCCCCCCAAACAAGGUUACUUCAUUAGCUUUUCAGCAACAAAAAUGUGUUAAUGAAGCUAUGGCCAAUUUUUAAAAAAAAAGUGCCGCUUUUUUAUUUUGUCCACAGUCUUGUCAGCCACUUAUUAGGAAUGUAAUGGAUUUUGGGUGAGGGUAGUUUUGCUUUCUUUAAUUUUUUACUCUUUUUUAUUUGGUUCUUUUUAAGUUGCAACAAAGGUAAUGUCUCUUUUUAGACGAAACAGUAGUCCUGAAAAGGACUGUUUUGUUUAACGUUACUGUUCUGCUCUGCACUCUACUGGUUGCCUCUUUCACGGAUGCAAGUUUCAAAUAUCAGUCGCCGUGGACAAAAUGAAAAAGCAGCACUUGUUUUCAAUUGGCCGUAACUCAAUAACAUUUUUCCGAUUGGAAAUUUUUUUUUUCGUUGUUGAAAAGCUAAUGAACCAUACUUAUCAAAUAUGUAUCAAUAUUUGUGAUGUUAUUUUUAAAAUGUUGAAAAAGAAGGGCGCUUUGAGGGUUCAUUUGAGGGACACCCUGUAAAUUGGGAAAAAUAUAGAUUCCAUGUAUAAAGGUUAAGAUUUGCAAAUAAAUGAAUCCCCUACCAAGAAAAUUGAUAGUUUGAAGAACUGCAAAUGUGAAAAAGAAAUAUGUAUAAAUCAAGAAAAGGAAAUCACCCUGAACUGUUUGCCCAGUUACAGGUUUUUCUUGAUUAUGCGGGAGUGAGCUGGAGACUUUUUUUCCAUAAACUUGUAGUCAACUGGUGAUAAGUCAAUUUUGUAAAAAAAACAACUCCAAAAAAAUCAUAAUCCAUUCAUAAUCUGUGAUCACCUAAACCUGACAUCUUGAAAAUGGUCUUCAACACAGCAUUCAGUUACUGUUUCAUGUUUAUGUAAUUUUGUUCUGGAAACAAAAAAAAUAUGUCCAAACGAAACAUACUACAAAUUCUUUGUCAUUGUUCAAUUAAACAAAUGAGUACAAAAUGUGAUUUUUUUUUUAUGUGUGCAAAAUCUUUGGUUUGAGUCAAAUUGUUUUUGCUAAAACAUCAAGAUUGUAAUGCCUGCAAUUGCAUAUUGAUUAAAAGUCAUCCGUUUGUUUUAAA